GGUUAGAAGGGCCAGAAUUUCUCUCAUUCACAGGGUGGAAAAGUUGACAUUGUCUAAGCCCUUCUGAAUGGCUGGUAGUUGGUUACCCCGAUUGUACCUCUACCUCCCCUCCCCCUCCACGUGACGACCCAGGACACAUGCGCACCCGACGCCCGGCACAUCUGCAGAACUGACGUCAGUGCUCUGCCUCCGAGGAAAGGCUGCCAAAUUUUCUGCUGCAAUUCAAGUUGGCUGGGGGCCGGUAGUGAGAUCUAGGGCUACUUCAACAAAACUUGCUGCCCUUCCUGCUCCUCUUGUCUUCUUUUCUCCUGAUACCUUUUGAUGCUCUUCACAUGUUAUUUGCAUAGCAAAGGCACUAAGCUGUCCAGGAAGAAAGGGCACCACUUCCACCCCCAAUAAGUCUUUUUUUUUUCCUUCCUUUCUUUUUUUCUUUUCCUUUCCUUUUUUUUUUUUUUUUUGGAGGUGGGGGGCGGGAGCAAAAGGGGGUUUGCAAAGGCAGCAUCUCAGGAUGAUAGCCUGGUUGUAUUGAAGGCAUCUCUUUUUCUGCCAAAUCGGAAAGUCCGUUCUCUCAAGCCUGGGUUAGCCAGACUAUAGGGUUUUAUUCUGGCUGCAGAAUAACUAACUGACUGCUGUGGCUUUGCAAAGGGGGGCAGGAAAAAAAAAGUUUAGGAGAGGGAGUACGUGAGUCGUCCAGUGCAAUCUCUAUUGUUUGAAACUUACUUUUUAUCAGAAUUUGAAGAUGAAAACGCACAUAGGUAGCCCUCCAAAAAAUCAUCCAGUUUGCUAAAUUAUGGAAAUUCUGUGGAAGACGUUGACCUGGAUUUUGAGCCUCAUCAUGGCUUCAUCGGAAUUUCAUAGUGACCACAGGCUCUCCUACAGUUCACAAGAGGAAUUCCUGACUCAUCUAGAACACUAUCAGCUGACUAUUCCAAUAAGGGUUGACCAAAAUGGAGCUUUCCUCAGCUUUACUGUGAAAAAUGAUAAACACAACCGGAGAAGACGGAGUAUGGACCCUAUCGAUCCACAGCAGGCCACAUCUAAUUUAUUUUUUAAACUUUCAGCCUAUGGCAAGCACUUUCACCUAAACUUGACUCUCAACACAGAUUUUGUGUCCAAACAUUUCACCGUAGAAUACUGGGGGAAGGAUGGACCCCAGUGGAAGCAUGAUUUUUUAGACAACUGUCAUUACACAGGAUACUUGCAAGACCAACAUAGUACAACUAAGGUGGCUUUAAGCAACUGUAUUGGGUUGCAUGGUGUUAUUGCUACAGAAGAUGAAGAAUAUUUUAUUGAACCAUUAAAAAAUACCACAGAGGAUUCCAAACAUUUUAGUUAUGAAAAUGGCCACCCCCAUGUUAUUUACAAAAAGUCAACCCUUCAGCAGCGGCAUCUGUAUGAUCAUUCUCAUUGUGGGGUCUCGGACCUCGUUGGCACCGGCAAACCUUGGUGGCUGAACGACACCUCUGCGUUUCCUUCCGCACUGCCGGUCAGUGGCCCGCACGGCCCGCACAGGCAGAGGAGGUCCGUGAGCUCCGAGCGCUUCGUGGAGACGCUGGUGGUGGCCGACAAAAUGAUGGUGGGCUAUCACGGCCGCAAGGACAUUGAACAUUACAUUCUGAGUGUGAUGAAUAUUGUUGCCAAACUUUACCGUGAUUCCAGCCUAGGAAACGUUGUGAAUAUUAUAGUGGCCCGCUUAAUUGUUCUUACAGAUGAUCAGCCAAACUUGGAGAUAAACCACCAUGCAGACAAGUCCCUCGAUAGCUUCUGUAAAUGGCAGAAAUCCAUUCUCUCCCAGCAAAGUGAUGGAAACAUCAUUCAAGAAAAUGGGAUUGCCCACCACGAUAAUGCGGUCCUUAUUACUAGAUAUGAUAUCUGCACUUAUAAAAAUAAGCCCUGUGGAACCCUGGGCCUGGCCUCGGUGGCUGGAAUGUGCGAGCCCGAGAGGAGCUGCAGCAUUAAUGAAGACAUUGGCCUGGGCUCAGCUUUUACCAUUGCACACGAGAUUGGUCACAAUUUUGGUAUGAACCAUGAUGGAAUUGGAAAUUCUUGUGGGACGAAAGGUCAUGAAACAGCAAAGCUUAUGGCAGCUCACAUUACCGCAAAUACCAAUCCUUUUUCCUGGUCUUCCUGCAGUCGAGACUAUAUCACCAGCUUUCUGGAUUCAGGCCGUGGUACUUGCCUUGAUAAUGAGCCUCCCAAGCGUGAAUUUGCUUAUCCAACCGUGGCCCCAGGUCAGGUGUAUGAGGCUGAUGAGCAAUGUCGUUACCAGUAUGGAGCAACAUCCCGCCAAUGUAAAUAUGGGGAAGUGUGUAGAGAGCUCUGGUGUCUCAGCAAAAGCAACCGCUGUGUCACCAAUAGCAUUCCUGCAGCCGAGGGGACACUCUGUCAAAGUGGGAAUAUUGAAAAGGGGUGGUGUUAUCAGGGAGAUUGUGUUGCUUUUGGCACUUGGCCCCAGAGCGUAGAUGGGGGCUGGGGUGCCUGGUCACUCUGGGGCGAGUGCAGCAGGACCUGCGGGGGAGGCGUCUCCUCAUCCCUAAGACACUGUGACAGUCCAGCACCUUCAGGAGGAGGAAAAUAUUGCCUUGGGGAGAGGAGACGGUAUCGCUCCUGUAACACAGAUCUAUGUCCUUUGGGGGCCCGAGAUUUUCGAGAGAAACAGUGUGCAGACUUUGACAGUAUGCCUUUCCGUGGAAAGUAUUAUAACUGGAAACCCCAUACUGGAGGUGGAGUAAAACCUUGUGCAUUAAACUGCUUGGCUGAAGGUUACAAUUUCUACACUGAACGUUCCCCUGCAGUGAUUGAUGGGACUCAGUGCAAUACGGAUUCACUGGAUAUCUGUAUCAACGGAGAAUGCAAGCAUGUGGGUUGUGAUAAUAUUUUGGGAUCUGAUGCUAGGGAAGACAGAUGUCGAGUCUGCGGAGGGGACGGAAGCACAUGCGAUACCAUUGAAGGGUUCUUCAAUAAUUCGUUACCCAGAGGAGUUCCAGGAUACCUGGAGGUUGUGCAGAUACCAAAAGGCUCUGUUCAUAUUGAAGUCAGAGAAGUUGUCAUGUCAAAGAACUAUAUUGCUUUAAAAUCUGAAAAAGAUCAUUAUUACCUUAAUGGUGCCUGGACUAUUGACUGGCCUAGGAAGUUUGAUAUUGCUGGAACAGCUUUUCAUUACAAGAGACCAACUGAUGAACCAGAAUCCUUGGAAGCUCAAGGUCCCACCUCGGACAAUCUCAUUGUCAUGGUUCUGCUUCAAGAACAGAAUUUGGGAAUCAGGUAUAAAUUCAAUGUUCCCAUCCCUCGGACUGGAAGUGGAGACACUGAUGUUAGCUUCACAUGGAAUCAUCAGCCUUGGUCAGAAUGCUCGGCUACUUGUGCUGGAGGUGUCCAAAGACAGGAGGUGGUCUGCAAAAGGCUGGAUGACGGCUCCAUUGUCCAGAACAAGUACUGCGACCCUGACAAUAAGCCUCCUGAAAAUCAAAGGACCUGCAACGCUGAGCCCUGCCCGCCUGAGUGGUUCAUUGGGGAUUGGUUGGAGUGCAGCAAGACCUGUGAUGGUGGAGUACGUACCCGGGCAGUGCUCUGCAUCAGGAAGACGGGACCUUCUGAGGAGGAGACACUGGACUACAGUGCUUGUUUAACACACCGGCCUGUCGAAAAAGAGACCUGCAACAGCCAGUCAUGUCCCCCUCAGUGGGUGGCUUUGGAUUGGUCAGAAUGCACUCCUAAAUGUGGUUCAGGAUUCAAGCAUCGGAUUGUUCUGUGCAAGAGCAGUGACCUUUCUAAAACAUUCCCAGCUACACAGUGUCCAGAGCAGAGCAAGCCCCCUACCCGCGUCCGCUGCAGUUUGCGUAGCUGCCCGCCUCCUCGCUGGGUGACAGGAGACUGGGGCCAGUGUUCUGCUCAGUGUGGCCUUGGACAGCAGAUGCGGACCGUGCAAUGUCUCUCCUACAGUGGACUGGCAUCUAGUGACUGUUCAGAAACUGUGCGGCCUCCGUCGAUGCAGCAGUGUGAAAGCAAAUGUGACAGUACCCCCAUUUCCAAUACUGAAGAGUGCAAAGAUGUGAACAAAGUGGCUUACUGCCCGCUGGUGCUGAAGUUCGAGUUCUGCAAUCGAGCGUACUUCAGACAGAUGUGUUGUAAGACCUGCCAAGGACAAUGACCCCCGGAAAGCCAGAGAGAGAGCCUUGUCAUUUCUUCGUGGAAAUGUGUCCAUCAAAGGGAGCCACCCAGAGGAAGAGGAUUGAUGUCCUUGCAAAUACAUUACCCUGUGGAAAACGUAACCACUGGUCAGCCCUAGCUGACAGGAUUUCAAUAUUAUUUUAACUUCUGUGAAGUAGGAUUUAUUGAUCCAAAGUGCUGGACACAGUUUCAGGAGGGAAUGCCAGAUUGGAGAGAUCCAAACAGCACAGGGAGACUUGCUUACUGUGGAACGUUUGUGUUCUUUUGAGUAAAUCCAAUAGCCUGUUUACCUCCUUGGACCAUUAAGAUAAUUUUUAUUAUAGAUUUAGCAAUGACACUGAAUCCACUUGUAUUUAAAACUGUUUAAAAAUGUAGCUGUUAUGAUUUGGUCAACUAUGGAAGUAAAGAAGAUUCAGAAACCUUAAAUCAUAGCUUAAAAUAUUUACUAUACUUUAUCUCACUACCACAGCACCACGAUUUAAAUUCUAAAAAUGGGCUUUGAACUGUAAUUUAAGGAGCAAUUAUAAGUCAAAAGUAAGGAAAGCUUGUAUGAUUUUUCUUCCUUCUACUUAACUUCCUUAAGAAUAAACCCCCUGUUCUGAACACUGCUGUGAGCCAUGUAGAAACCACGUUAAACUGAACAACAGUGAAGGACUCAGUUGGAAGCGGCGCAUCCGUCUGUCCCUGCAGCUGUGCAGGUCUAUAAAUUCAGUGCUAGAGACUGUGGCCAACCUGCCAUUGUGCAAGUGAAGCUGAGAUUUCCAUUAAAAGUUUAAGAGAAAAAACAUUUCAAUGUCAUGCCGAAGCCAGCCCGGGGGGACGGUAGAGGCUGAAGCACCGGGCCCUUUGCUGCCACCCCGCAGGAUGCCUCAGCUCUUAGUCUGAGUCGCUGGGACUCGCUUGUGUUUACAUCCUCACCAGCCACAGGGCGGCCUCUGCCCUGCUGGGUCGCUGCACGCACGCUAGGCUUACUGAGACGAUGCCAUGUGAGAGAUAGACGGGCUCGGUAACAACGAGGGUCUCGCUCAGACCCUUUUGCUGACAAUUGCGGUGGGUUCCAUAUGUCCCUUCUGCGGCAGAAGGGCAUUUAUUUAUAUGGGAGCAAGUGUGUGUGUGUGCGGGCGCUUUGGAGUGUAUGGGUAGGUGAGUGUGCAUGCGCAUAAAUGUGCUAUUUCUGUGAGGUUUGAAGUAGGCAAGGGAUAACAACCAAAGAAGAAAACGCAUGAAGACUAGACAUCAUAAAGCAUACUUUUAAUAGUCACUCAACCAAGACUUUUAUAUUUUUUAUGGAUACUCUUUACAGCAACUAAAUGUGAAACCUAGUUUCUUGAGCAAGUCAAAUUCUAGAAUCAAAUCGCCCUGAUUUAAAUCAACUCCCUCAUCUAUUCCCUACCCACAAGUUUCACAUCAUGCUCAUCAAAAGAUCUGACAGUGAAAAUUUCUUUAAAAAAGAAAGAAGAAAAAGAGGGUACUUGUUUCUUACUAACGUUUUGUACUUGAACACUCGUAGCUAGCGGCGGUUCUUGAUGAAUAUGCCUUGUGUCCUGCACGUGUGUCCACCAUGCUACACCAGCACCUCCGGCUCCAGACUCAUGGCUACUUUGUAAAGAUGCUACAUGCGGUUAAAGAGUGUAUUUGACUUCAGUCCAUCACUGCGCUCUGAAACUCCAUGUCAGGCAUAUGGCUUAUACCAUGACCUAAUGUGGAUGGUUAGGUGCUAGCAGAAAGGAAGAGAGCCUCACAGACUUCAGAAACCAUCCCAGACUUCAGAUUUGCUGUGGAGAGUCAGCACGGGUUGUUGCUCUGUGUGCUCAGGCGUGGUCAUUUAUGUCUCAUCACCAGCUGUCUCCACCCCACGGCUCACCUCCCUGAGCCUCCCAGGGAGAGCUAUUAACAAUAGUUGAGAGCUGUUGCCAGGGCCCCUGUCUGGUGCUGCCCUUACAAGACCAGCCUCAGUGCCAUUUUAGCUUCAUUUGAAAGGAGGGCGGCCUGUGGGCAGUGUGGCCCCAGCACUGAAUUUCCUUGGUGCUCUGCAAAGAGCAGCUCACUUGGUGCUAAUGUGCCCUGGUGAAAUCAACAAAAGGGGAGUGGUUCUGUAGCAUUCUAGACACAGGUUCUAUUCGGAUCUACUUUUCUCCAACAUAAAGAUCAGCUCAUGUUUUUCUUUCAAAAAGAUUUCUUACAUGACUGCUUAAAGGCUAUUUUUUUUUAACUUCACCUGGAAAUGACUGCUGUGAGGGCUGUCCUGGGCACCCUGCAGACCCCUGACUCGUGCUGGGAGAGGAGGGCACCAGGGAGCGCCCAGGGUCAGCGUCAGGUCACCUGUUCAGGAGGAACCAAGCACAGAAUGUAACGGGACUAAACAUCUUCAGAUAGGCCCUGAAUUUAAAUCUGAGUGAGGGAGAAAAUCACGUUCCACAGCACAUCACAAUACCACUGCUACUCUCUAGUCAGUCGUGAUGUUCUUUUCCUAAACAAUAACAAUAAGGUCUUCCCCAGAGGCUAAGCCACAGAGGCAGACCCUCCAAAAAUAGUGCGCUGUAUAGACUACUUAGGGACCCCCAAGGAAGCCGGUACCCUGCGGCUGAGAGCAGAACCUACCACUGGCAUAAAGGCCCGCCCUACACUGAAAGGGAAAUGUACCCAACUGAUUAAAUCCCUUGAGACGCAUAUGACUCUCCAGUCAGUUCAUUUCUUUAGGAAUCUUUUGAGUGAAUGUCACAUAGGUAUCCUUAAUAAUACAGAAUGAAAUUACCUUUGUAUCAUUGUGAUUAGUUGUUGCUUAUUAUUUCGUACUCAGUAUUAAUGUGGUACACUGUUACUUUUAUUUUUUGCUUUUGUAAAUUAUAUUCUAAUUUAUUGCCAUGUUUCCUAACACUUGUCCUUCAUUCAUUCUCCUGCUUGUACUGAAAAUGAAAAGUCAUUGUAACACUUGAUGGAGUGAAAUUCCACACCAGGCACAGAUUUUUUAACAUAGAUAAUUUAGUAAAAAUAAAAAUUCAGCUUGUAAGAAUGA